GGCAUACAAGCCUAGAUAUAGACAGAGACAGCGAGAGCGCCACUUGUUGCUGCACACUGCUGCUCGCACAUCCUCGUCCGUAACAAACACAGCGCCUGUUUUCUCACACGCGAACGCAUCCCACGAUCACCAGCUAUGAGACUCGCGAUCGUUUGCCUGUUGAGUGUUGUGGCGUGUGUCAGCUGUCAGGAGAUAUGUCCCGUUUACUCGUGCGGUGACAUCGCAAGCGCCCUCGUUGAUGACUGCUGUCCCAGCUCCAGUCGCAUGCUGAGCUGCCUCAGCAUGGGCGGAAGUCUCGAGUGUCCGCCCGCCUUCACCUACACGGCCUGUCCCGACGAGCUGGGCAACAACAUCUACAACAUCAGCCUCGUGCUCGAUCGCAACGAGUGCAGCUGCGUGAGGGACGACGGUUCGCAGAUCUUCGUGGAUGCUCCUGGAGCCAGCCCUCCCAGACUGCGGCUUUGCAGCCCGCUGAACUGCAUGUGUCCACCCGAUGCGCCGAUGGUGAACAGCAUCAUGUGCUCGUAGAUGCCACCUUACGAUUCGACCUUCGCCGCAUGUAUAUCUAUAUACGCAACUAAUUUCGUCUGGUUAAUCGCCAACGUUGUACACCACGCGCGGUUAUGUUUAAUUGCGUUGUUUAUCUUUACUACUGUUGUUUCAGAAUUGAUGCAUUUUGUACACUGAUAGCGAUAUUCAUCACUUAUAAUUUUUCUUUUUAAAGUAACAGCGUUAGGUAUAGACCCGGACCAUUUAUGUACCAGCUUUUUAGUAUUAUACGCUAAAAUAUUAAUAAAAAUGUUUAUGAUUAUGUAAACGGA